UUUUAUGGUAUAAUGGUGUGAGCUUUCUCGAUUGCGACCAUUUCUAUGAAAGUCUGUGCAGCCUGCACCGUGCAUGUAACAUUGCGCACAUGCAUAUAAUUGUUGAUAUAAAUAUCAAUUGCUAAUUUUGACCCAGUUCCUCGUUAAUCUAAGAACGUUCCGCGUUUUCUUUCCCUUAGCGUUACAUAACGCCUCGUUAUGCUGAUAACAGAAUAACAUGGCCGUGUUCGCAAGUGCCAUAGCCUGCCAAGGAUAUUACAUUUAGAUCCCGGGCAACGCGAUUAUGCAGCGUGUCAACGAAAUGUCAGUGUCUACUCUCCGCGCAUUCUCGAGGAGCAGUACGGCUCCAUUCUUCACGACGAACGACACGGACAAAAUGAUGCUGUUCGACUUCAUGAACGCGCAAAACCUAGACGGAUGGAGAGAGAUGUCUGACACCGUGAGAACCGUGGGAAAGUCCAAGGCCGUGUUAACUCUGCAGACAAGCCAACUCUUUCAGAGAGCCGUCUUCUUCACGUUGCUGAAUCCGCAGCCGAACGGCGCCGGCUUCGCCGGUGUCAGAACGCUUACGAAUCUCGACUUGUCGAAGUUUAAGAAUAUCGAGAUCAGUUGCCGAGGACAGGGACAAAACAGCAACUACAAAAUAUCUCUCAGACACAAAGGACAGGAUUACAAUGUGGAUGUCAGCUACGAACAAUUCUUCACAGUGCCGAUGUCGGACGAAGAGUUUUUCACGGUGACGUUGCCUCUGAAAGACUUCAAGCCUUAUUAUCGUGGACGCGAGAUGCCGGACAGCGAGCCGCUGGACACGACGAAUAUCACUAUGUUUGAAUUCCAAAUCUACGGCGGCGUUUACAUGCCGACUAAGCAACGUGGUGUGUCGGCAUUGGAGAUAGAGACCGUAGCAGCGGUCUCUACGUGACCCAAAUGAAAUGCCUCCUGAGGAGAAGCGACCUUUUAUUUCCGAUAACGUUGCUAAAUGCUAUAAGUAGCACAAACACACAAGUGCAACAUUCAAACGCAUAUAUUCGGUGCUCCGAGUAUUAGAUAUUAAAUAUAAGUCCGUUACAACAAUUAUUAAGAUUUAAUAUUUUAAUAAAUGCUUAUUCAUUUCUCGUUGCUUGUACGCAAAAGCGAGCACACGUUUUAACAUGUUA